AUGACCUUGACAAAUGGCUAUACGGCGUCUCCUGCCUCCCAUGCCCCUAGCAUUAAGGAUGAAGCCGGUGCUAGCGACGCUGGGAGCCCUCAGUCUGUAUCCCCCGAGAAUCACGUCGCUUCCGAUUCCUCUCCGGAGCCAGAUGCCGCGGAUGAAUCAUAUGAUGCUGGCUCUCCCGAUGCGGAGGGCGAGGACGAUGAUUCUGUGAUGGAGAACGAUGUGAAUCACACGAGUCCCUCCAGUGGUGAAAAUUCUUCAUCCUCCCCACCGUCGCGAGGCACGAAGCGAAAAUCGCCCUCGGUGAAUGAAUCGGACUUUAUUAGACAGAACCCCGACUUGUAUGGACUUCGGCGCAGUACUCGUGCUCGCACUACGCGUCACCUAGCAGAAUCUGAUUCCGAUUCUGAAUCCGACGCUGUUGCGCCUCGCGCUAAGCGACGACGCGCGGCGGUCUCUCAACAAUCCUCCAAACGUCCAUCCCGCUCGGCGACCCGCUCGUUCUCCCAAUCGUUCUCCGAUGAAUCAGAUAGCGAUGAAUAUGGACCUAGCCGUGCUCGUUCGAGCAAGGCGAAACGGCGACGACUGCUGCAGACAUCCCUCAACAACCCUCCUUCGCAUGCCGAGGUCCGCUUCUCCACCCGGAACGCUUCUAGAGUCUCCAAUUACAACGAGGACGACGAUGACUCUAUGUUUGAGGAUGAUGCGGAAGAACUGACGCAGAACUACUGGGUGAAUACCGUGGAAGAUGAUCGCCCUGCCGUUGAUGUUGUGCUCAACCAUCGCCUCAAAGCUGGUGUAGAUCCCAGUAGUCCCGAGCUCGGCCGUCACGACUUUGAAUACUACAUCAAAUGGCAAGGGAAAUCCCACUAUCAUGCAACCUGGGAAACCAGCGAGACGCUUGCCAACUGUCGCAGCACGCGCCGGCUGGACAAUUACGUCCGCAAAGUCCUGUACGAAGAGAUCCGUCUGAGGCUGGAAGAUGAUGUAGCCCCAGAGGACAAGGAGAAGUGGAACCUUGAUCGCGAAAGAGAUGUAGAAGCUAUCGAGGACUAUAAGCAUGUGGAGAGAGUGAUUGCGAUGCGCGAAGGUGAUGAGGGCACCGAAUACCUCGUCAAAUGGAAACGCCUCUUCUACGACUCGUGUACGUGGGAGACGGAAGACCUUGUUAGUGAAAUCGCCCAGCGCGAAAUAGAUCGCUAUCUAGACCGGUCUUCACGCCCCCCUAUUUCCGACAAGACGGAGUCCAACCCUGCCACACGAAAGCCAUUCGAACCGAUCAAGGGCACUCCUACCUUUGUGCAGAAUGGUGAGCUGAAAGAGUUCCAAGUCAAAGGAGUCAACUUCAUGGCUUUCAACUGGGUCAAGAACCGUAAUGUCGUUCUUGCCGACGAAAUGGGCCUGGGCAAAACCGUCCAAACGGUUGCCUUCAUCAGCUGGCUUCGCCAUGUUAGACGUCAGCAAGGCCCCUUCGUCGUUGUCGUUCCCCUCUCAACCAUGCCGUCUUGGGCUGACACCUUUGACAACUGGACACCUGAUCUUAAUUACAUCGUCUACAAUGGCAACGAAGCUGCUCGCAAUGUUCUUCGGGAGCAUGAGUUAAUGAUUGAUGGCAACCCAAAGCGUCCCAAGUUUAACGUCCUUCUUACGACCUACGAAUAUGUUUUGUUGGACUCGUCUUUUCUGAGCCAAUUCAAGUGGCAGUUUAUGGCCGUUGACGAAGCCCAUCGUCUUAAGAAUCGGGAGUCUCAGCUUUACCAGAAGCUCCUCGAAUUCAGAUCUCCUGCCCGACUUCUCAUCACUGGCACCCCAAUCCAGAACAACCUCGCCGAACUUUCCGCCCUCCUGGAUUUCCUCAAUCCUGGACUGGUUGACAUCGAUGUCGAUAUGGACCUGAACGCCGAGGCCGCUUCUCAGAAACUUGCAGAAUUGACGAAGGCCAUCCAGCCUUUCAUGCUGCGCCGAACGAAGUCCAAGGUUGAGUCGGAUCUUCCUCCUAAAACCGAGAAGAUUAUCAGAGUGGAGCUGUCUGAUAUCCAGCUUGAGUAUUACAAAAACAUUCUUACCAAGAACUACGCUGCAUUGAAUGAGGGCACCAAGGGCCAGAAGCAAUCCCUCCUGAACAUCAUGAUGGAACUGAAAAAGGCCAGCAACCAUCCUUUUAUGUUCCCCAAUGCCGAGGCAAGAAUUCUCGAAGGUAGUACUCGACGUGAAGACAUUCUUCGUGCCAUGAUCACUAGCAGUGGUAAAAUGAUGCUCCUCGACCAGCUUCUGGCAAAGCUCAAGAGGGAUGGCCAUCGUGUGUUGAUUUUCAGUCAGAUGGUGAAGAUGCUGGACCUACUUGGCGAAUACAUGGAGUUCCGCGGUUAUCAAUACCAGCGUCUCGACGGAACCAUUGCUGCUGCGUCUCGUCGUCUUGCUAUUGAGCAUUUCAACGCUCCUGGCAGCAGUGACUUUGCUUUCAUUCUUUCCACUCGUGCCGGUGGUCUCGGCAUCAACCUUAUGACCGCUGAUACGGUUGUCCUGUUUGAUUCUGAUUGGAACCCUCAAGCGGAUCUUCAAGCGAUGGCCAGAGCACAUCGGAUUGGACAGACAAAACCAGUCAGUGUGUACCGUCUGGUCUCUAAAGACACGGUGGAAGAAGAAGUCAUUGAAAGAGCUCGCAACAAACUUCUCCUCGAAUUUAUCACCAUUCAGCGUGGUGUUACAGACAAGGAAGCUUCCGAGAUCCAGAAUAAGAUGGCCCGCAGCGGUAUCUCCGUUAGCGAACCAAACUCCACGGAGGAUAUCUCGCGCAUUCUCAAGCGUCGUGGCCAGAGGAUGUUCGAGCAGACCGGCAACCAAGAGAAACUGGAACAGCUCGAUAUUGACUCUGUGCUUGCAAAUGCCGAGCUGCAUCAAACUGAACAAGCCGAGGAAAUCCAAGCCGACGGUGGUGAGGAAUUCUUGAAGGCUUUCGAAUAUGUUGAUAUUAAGGUCGACGAUCUCACCUGGGACGAUAUCAUCCCCAAGGAGCAGCUUGAAGAGAUCAAAGCUGAAGAGAAGAAGAAAGCCGAUGAGCGCUACCUCGCUGAAGUCAUUGAGCAAAAUCGGCCGCGCAAACGAAAUGUUCCAGGAGAAGACAGAGAUUCUCGAGAAGAGCGAAAGGCUAAGCGACGGGCGAGGGUCCAAGUUAGCAUGGAUGACGGCGAAGAGUCUGAUACAAAAGAACUGGACGCUAAAAGACCUCUUAUCGAGAAAGAGUAUCGUCACCUUCUUCGUGCUUUCCUGCGUUAUGGUGACAUCAACGACCGCGAAGAGGAUGUCAUUCGCGAGGCACGUCUCCUCGAUCGUGACAGGGAGGUUGUCCGUGCUGCCUUGCGGGAGAUCACUACGAAGGCUGCUGAGCUCGUUCGAGCAGACGUCGAAAAGAUGGAGGCCCUUGAACAAGCUGGUAAAAUGCCAACGAAGAAAGAGAAGAAGGCCGUGUUAUUUGAUCUUCAUGGUGUCAAGCGACUGAACGCUUAUACCAUUGUCGAGCGCCCAAAUGAGAUGCGCAUACUCAGAGAAGCGACAGCUGCGGUGUCUGACUUCAGAAACUUCCGCGUCCCCGAGGCGACCAAAGCCGCUGACUAUAGCUGUGCUUGGGGAGCACGAGAAGACGGAAUGCUUUGUGUCGGAAUUGCCCGGCACGGCUACGGGGCGUGGACACAAAUCCGAGAUGAUACCGAUCUCGAACUUGGGGAUAAGUUCUUCCUUGAAGAGCACCGAGUGGAACGCAAGACGGAGCGAGCGAAUGCCGAAGACAAGGCGACAAAAUCUCCUGGGGCUGUUCACCUUGUUCGACGAGCGGAUUACCUACUAUCCGUUUUGAGGGACAAAGUUACCAACGGCGCCAAUGUUACUGCGAAGAGGGCUGUUGAGAACCACCACCGCAACAACCGGAAGGGUUCUCGGCCCCUUGGUGCCAGCGUAUCUGCUUCACCAGCGCCUUCGAUUCGCAAAGGUCACCGUGAACCCGAACGUUCUCGACAGCGCUCACACACACAUGGCGCGCGUGACAGUGUUGAGCGGCAUCACACGCCGAGCCAUGACUCACGCCCGAGAUCCGUGCACGAUGGCGAGCGGAGUCGCCAUAGAACUUCAGAUGUUUCGAGUGAAGAUAUCCGGAGGCGCAAGAUCAGCGAGAAUGGUCAUUCUGGCAAGGAAGAUAUGGCUCGCCAGUUCUUCCGGCCGAUCCGUGAGAAGCUGAAACAAGUCUCGACCACCACCAAGGAAAAUAUCCCGAAUAAGGCUGAACGAGCAGCUGAGCUACGAACUAUGUCUCGGUCCAUUACUGGCCGAACAAGGAAGCAGGAGGAGCAAAACUCCGAGAUAUGUACCAAAAGCUAUCAGCUGCUCUGA